UUUGCACCUAUACAAACACAUCCAUGCAGCAGCAGAAAAGCAAAUAUCAGUCUUCAAUUAUACCCCAAUUAACCAUAGUAUACUAAUAAUUCUUACCAUUAUUCACUACCCCACAUGUCUAAUUCACGAUCAGUUGAUCUGGUCGUAUCCAAACGUACCCUGUCGUUUGGAUUAUCAAAAGAUGUACAUGCACCAAUUAUGGUUAAAAUAUGUUAUAUGACCAAUACAGGAUUAAUACCCCAACAACAACAACUUAUAAAAUUAUCUGAUAAAUAUGAAAAUGCUCGAGUAUUUAAUACAUUAUCAAAUAUAUAUAAAAAUUCAGAUUUAUAUGUUGAAGUUUCAAUUUAUGAUGGUAGUAAUAAUUUAUUAACAAAUCCGGUUCAAACAUGUUAUAAAUCUUUUAAUAAUAAUAAACGAGAAUGGAAUCAAUAUUUAAAAUUUUCAAUUAAUUAUAAUCAAAUUGUUAUAGAUAGUUAUUUAAAAUUUGUAUUAUAUGAAAUAGUUGAAACUAAACCAAAACAAUUUGGUAUAUCAUAUUUAUCAUUAUUUAAUAAAAAGAAUUCAACUUUAAGAAAAGGUUCUCAAAAGAUACCAAUAUAUCGAAACCCUAAUGAUGAAAAAAUUCAAUAUGAAGAUAUGUCAGGAUUAACAGAAUUAGAAAGUUUAUUAAUAAAACAUGAAAAUGGAGAAUUUCAAAGAGUUGGUUGGUUAGAUAAACAAGUAUUACCAAAUUUAUCUAAAUUAAAUGAACAAAAUACUGAUUAUGAAUAUUAUUUAUAUGUUGAAUUAGCUCCAUUUGAUUUACCAAUUGUUUAUUCUGAUAUAAGUUAUCAAACUUUAAAUUAUAAUCAUACUACUAAGAAUUCAACUAUAAUUGAAAAUAUAAAUUCAAAUGUAAUAUUAAAUUCAAUUGAUAUCCCCAAUGCUAUGAAAGUUUAUGAUCCUGAUUAUCAAUUUGCAAAAUUUUCUGAAAAUUUAAAUCAAAAUCCUACUGUAGAAAUUGAAACUGAUCCAAUAGAAUCAAAGUAUCAUAAAUUAGAAAGAAAAAUUAAUAAUCCUAUAUUAGAUAAAGAAUUAAAACCUUCACCACAAGUAAGAGAUGAAUUAAUUAAAAUAUUAUUAAAACCUUCUCAUAUUGAACUUAGUGAUAUUGAAAAGAAUUCAAUUUGGAAAUUUAGAUAUUAUUUUAGUAAAAAUAAUGCAACAAAUGAUCCAAGUGAUAAAAUUGGUUCAGCUAAAUCAUUUUUACCUAAAUUUUUAAAAUCAAUUGAUUGGGAUACUGAUAAUGAAUUAGAUCAUGCAUUUAAAGAAAUUAUACCUAUUUAUUGGUCAGUUGAUAAACUUCAAAUGGGUGAUGCAUUAGAUCUUUUAAGUAAUUAUUUUAAUCCAUUUAUUUUGGGAGAGAAAGCUUUAUCAUUUGGUAAUGAUAAUAAAAUAUCCAGUAAUAAAAAGGAAGAAACUAAAUUUCAAAAGAUUUUUAAAUAUAUAACUAUUAUAAGAAGUAUGGCAGUUGAAAGAUUGAAAUUAGCUAGUAGUGAUGAAUUAUUAUUAUAUUUAUUACAAUUGGUUCAAACAUUAAAAUAUGAAGCAGAUAUAUUUGAAAGAGAUAUACCUGGAUUAAAUGAUGAAUUAAAUGGAAAUGGAAAUAGCAAUGGUAAUCAUAGUUCUAUAAGAUCUCCAUUAGCCAGAUUUUUAAUUGAAAGAUCAGUCGAAAGUGAAAAAUUAGGUAAUUACUUUUAUUGGUAUGUAAAAGUUGAAAAUGAAGAUCAUAUUAAUAAUACCCCACAACAACUAUCUAAUUCUCCUUCAGAAAAAGUUUAUUCUACUGUAAUGGAUAUUUAUAUAAAGCAAUUAAAAGAAUAUUCAAAAGAGAAAAGUUUACCAUAUUAUGAUAAUUUAAGAAAACAAAUUAAUUUUAUUAAGAAAUUAACUAAUUUAGUUCAAGAAAUAAGAUCACCAACUAGAAAGAUUGAUACUACUGCUAAAAAAGUUGAAUUUUUAAGAGAAUUUCUUUCAACUCCUUCUAAUAAUUUUUUAAAAUUUGAUCCAUUUCCACUUCCAUUAGAUCCUUCAAUUAUAAUUUGUGGUUGUUAUCCUAAAGAAAGUUCGGUUUUUAAAUCAAGUUUAUCACCAUUAAAGAUUACUUUUAAAACAGUUCGUAAUAAAAAUCAUUCACAAAUAUUUGGAAAGAAAAGUAGUAAACAUGGUAAAUAUCCUUUAAUGUUUAAAAUUGGUGAUGAUUUAAGACAAGAUCAAUUUGUAAUUCAAAUUAUAAAUUUAAUGGAUCAACUUUUAAAGAAUGAAAAUUUAGAUUUAAAGUUAACUCCUUAUAAAAUUUUAGCUACAAGUCCAAUUGCAGGAUUAAUUCAAUUUGUCGAGAAUGAAACUCUUGAUAAAAUUCUUUCAAAUAUGUAUCCUGCUUUAGUAGUUUAUGAAGAAGGUACAAUACCUCCAUCUAUUACAGCUGCUAGUGCAUCAUUAAGUAAUGUAUUAGUAGCAUCUAAUAAUGGUAUUUUAAGUUAUCUCAGAUUACAUAGUCAAGAGAAACAACAAGUUGAACCUGAUGCUGGAAGUGUUUUGACAUCAUCUUAUAGUUCAGAUCAACGACUGUCACAAUCUCAAUCCAGAUCUCAACCUCAACCUCAACCUGCUGUUUCUUCUGGAUUAGGAGUUUCUGAUAUUGUUAUGGAAAAUUAUGUAAAAUCUUGUGCUGCUUAUUGUGUAAUUACUUAUAUUUUAGGAGUUGGUGAUCGUCAUUUAGAUAAUUUAUUAAUAUCUCCAAAUGGUAAAUUUUGGCAUGCUGAUUUUGGUUACAUGUUUGGAAGAGAUCCUAAACCAUUUCCUCCGGUAAUGAAACUUCCAAUUCAAGUUAUCGAUGGAAUGGGAGGUAUGAAUCAUGAAAAUUAUAAUAUAUUUAAAAGUUAUUGUUUUAUUACAUAUAAUAUUCUCAGGAAGAAUAGCAAUUUAAUUCUAAAUUUAUUUCAAUUAAUGGUUGAUGCAAAUAUACCUGAUAUUUCAACCGAUCCACAAAGAGUUAUAGAAAAUGUCCAAGAUAAAUUUUGUUUAGAAAUGAGUGAUGAAGGUGCCAUGUUACAUUUUCAAGAUUUAAUUAACAAUAAUGUGGGAGCAUUCUAUCAAAAUAUUAUAGAUAGAUUACAUAGUUUAGCUCAAUAUUGGCGAGCAUGAAUUAAUUUAGUUUAAUAUU